AUGUCGUCAUCAAAACAGUAUCAGCAGCAGCCAGAGGAUGAGGAGCUCGGCCCAGUCACAAUUGCCGAGGACGAGGUCGAGGAGAUCCUCGAUGUUGAAGACCCCGACGGCGACGUCGCCAUGGGCUCUGACGACGAGGGCCCCGAGGAGAUUGCCCUCGAGAACGAUAGUAUCGCUUAUUUCGACGGCCAUAAAGACUCUGUUUUUGCCAUUGCUCAACACCCUUUGUACCCGAACAUCGUUGCGACCGGCGGUUCUGAAGGCGACGCCGACGAUGCCCCUGGCAAGGGCUACGUUCUCGACAUCUCAGCUGCUGCCGGACGCCCUGUGCUGCCCCCUAGCUAUAAUUCCGACCCUUCGUCAGCCCCUCAGCAAAACACCUCGCUGAACCCCAUUUUCGAGAUCGACGGCCACACCGACAGCAUCAACGCCUUAACAUUUACCCUCCCGCGCGGCGAUUUCCUCGUUAGCGGCGGCAUGGACGGCCGCAUGCGCGUGUAUGCCGUUUCUGUGCCUCAAAAUGGCGCGCUUGCCCAGUUCAAGUUCCUCGCCGAGUCCCAGGAAACAGAAGAGAUCAACUGGUUUGCGCCGUGCCCGUCGCCAGACCACCCUAAUACCAUAGCGCUUGGCGCAUCUGACGGCUCAGUCUGGGUAUUCACUCUCGACGCAAGCGAUCCAUCCAACCCAGUUCAGAUCGUCCAGUCCUAUUUCCUGCACACCGGCCCUUGCACGGCAGGAGCCUGGAGCCCCGAUGGUUUGCUGCUUGCUACCGUCAGCGAGGACGAGUCUUUGCACGUGUACGACGUAUUUGGUGUCGCAGCAAGCAAAUCCCUCGUCACCGACAACGGCCAAACUGUGGUAUCCCUCACAAACGUCGACCAACGCUUCGCUGUCGAAGGCGGCCUCUUUUCCGUCGCCGUUUCCCCCACUGGUGCAGUCGUAGCCGUCGGCGGUGCCGGCGGUCAAAUCAAGAUCGUCGGUCUCCCACGCCUCUCCCAGCCCCAACAACCACAAUCCCAGUCCCAAUCCCGGACAGGCAAAGCCCCCGCCGGCCGCGCUGGCCGCCCUUCUCAGCAACAACAAACUACCUCCCAUCAAGCCGGUACCAUCCUCGCCUCCCUCCAAAUCCAAUCCGACAACAUCGAAUCCCUCGCCUUCUCCCCGUCAGCCCCUAUUUUGGCAGCCGGCUCAACAGAUGGUUCCAUCGCCGUCUUCGAUACAUCCCGCUCCUUCGCUCUGCGUAGACACUUGCGCGGCGCACACGCCGAGGACCCGGUCGUCAAGGUCGAGUUCGUCAAGUCGCCUCCGAACGCGGCGAUGGCUGGGUGGUUGCUUACCAGCUGUGGCAUGGAUGGCGUGGUGAGGAGGUGGGAUUUGCGGGGUGGCACUGCUGGGCCGGGAACGCUGCCUCAUAUGCAGCAUUUACAGCAGCAACGUCAACAGCAGCAGGAGGGAGCUGCGCCAAGCGGGUUGGUGAAGGAAUGGAAAGGACAUCGGAGUGGACAGGAAGGGGGUGGUGUGUUGGGGUUUGUGCAGGGAGAGACGGGAGAGAGGAUUGUUACGGUUGGUGAUGAUGCUGUUGUUUUGGUGUUCGAGGCUUGA